ACGCAAUGAGAGGGAAGGAGUAGCAUAUUGCAAAGCACAAUACAGCAUUAGUCAGGAGCAGAGGUAGAAUCGCAAUCAGUCCAACCGGGCCAUCUCAACAGCUACCAAUAUCGUGCCGGUAGUGUCCAGUAGUGCUUCAGUGACUACAUUCACACCACGUCACCCAAAAGUCCAUUCUUUUCUGACAUUCCCAUUCUACUAUUCCAAAAAAAAGUCUUUACUCUUUACUCUUUAAUCUUUACUAUCUACUCUUUAAUAUUUAAUCUUUACUAUUUACUCUUUAGUUUUAAACUUUUUACUUUUUACUCUACAUUCUUUAAUCUUUAAUCUUUAAUAUUUAAUCUUUAAUCUUUACUGUUUACUAUUCACUCCUUACUCUUUACUUAAUUUCAAUGUUGAUAACUGAAUGACAUCUUUUUUGCCCCCAACAAAAUUUCUCUUGUUAUGCGAAAUUUGGAUUACCACCACUGUUUCAACCCACUUCAGUUGGAUCGUUAUAUUCUAAAACUUAGUCAAAAUUUUCAAAAAGGAACCGCAACGGUUGCUGUAUGAAAGAAGAAAGGAACCUUUUCAUCUUUUACUCCUUUUGAAACAGCUUUGAAUCCUUCAACUUCUUAACACCCCCCCAAGAAAAAAGAUUUACGAUCUUAAUGAGCUCCAGGACCUGAAGAUCUAGCAAAACCCUACAAGGGUUUUUAAGACGGUUUUUCUGAUUCUGUUCCAAACCGACACUAUCAAAAUGAGCAAUGCAGCAACACCCGGGGCACUCGCACCACCGGUUUGCACUCUUUCGAGGGAGAACUCCAAGGAAAAGGAAGUUGUCACCUGGAAGACUAUGAGCAUAAAACAAAAGUGGAAUUUCUUCACCAGCAACAUCACGGUGGAGCCGAUGGUUGCCUGCUAUAUCAUGCCAAGUGUCCUGGCAUCGUUGGCAACUCAAAAUCUAAAUCUAGAAAAAGCCUGUAGAGUAAAUUUAGCUUAUUCGGAUCAAGUCUGUGAUGCACUUGCAGUGAGAAACACAUCAGGAUAUAUUGAGGAGGAAAAAGCUGUACAGCAAUUAGUAGCCGGGAUGCAGACAUGGAAGACUGCACUGCAAAGUGCAUUGCCAACGAUUUUAAUUCUCUUCCUAGGCGCCUGGAGUGACAGAACUGGACUGAGGAAACCUUGUAUGUUACUUCCAAUUGUCGGGGAGUUUCUAACCAGCAUCAGUUUAAUCGCGUGUACAUAUUGGUUUUAUGAAUUGCCAAUGGAGUUUGCGGGUCUAUCGGAGGCUUUAUGGCCAGCCGUUACCGGAGGGUGGUUCACGAUGUUCAUGGCUGUCUUCAGUUAUAUUGCAGACAUCACCAGCGUUGAAUCAAGAACAUUGAGAAUUGGUUUCGUGAAUGUUUUUCUAUCGUUGGGUGUGCCAGUGGGGAUGGCACUCUCAGGAAUUCUCUACAUGAAAAUUGGUUUCUAUGGUGUAUUCGCAAUUUCCACUGUGUGCUAUGUACUUAGCUUCAUUUAUGGUCUGGUUGUUAUCAAAGAGGCACCAAGACCGGCCUUGGCACAGGACAAAAAGGAUCAAGAAAUCAAGAAAUCCGCUUGUGCUUCAACUCUUCAUUUCUUUUCACUCAAGCACAUUUCAAAUACUUUCAAAGUGGCCUUCAAGAAGGGAGAAAAUAAUCGACAACAAAGAGUAGCAGUUCUCAUGGUUGUUGUUAUGGUCAUCGUUGGACCAAUGUAUGGUGAAAUGGCAGUUGUGUAUCUUUUCAUGAGAUACCGAUUCAACUGGGACGAACUGAGGUUUAGCAUGUUUUCAACUUACAGCAUGGUGACAAAUCUCAUUGGUACUACAAUAUCAGUAGGUCUCUUUAGUCACGUUUUAAAAAUUGAUGAUGCUGUUGUGGGAAUUAUGAGCUGCAUGAGUAAAAUUUUAUCAAGCUUCGUAUACGCCUUUGCAACAACGAAUACAAUGAUUUAUCUCGCCCCUCUUGUCGAAAUUGUCAAUGGAACCUCAUUUAUUGCAAUGCGAUCAAUUAUGUCGAAAUUAGUGCCAAAUGAUGAAUUAGGCAAAGUGAAUUCCUUGUUUGGCGUUUGCGAAUCUCUAAUGCCACUACUUUAUGGACCAAUGUACAGUUUCGUUUAUCGAUCAACGAUGGAGACAUUUCCAGGAGCAUUUUUCAUACUUGGUGGAAUUCUCACUUCACCAGCCGUUUUCGCCUUUUUAUGGCUUUAUAGAGAACACAGAAGAGACAGAAUCAAAUUAGAAAAAGAGGAAGCAGACCAAAAAAAGGACAAGGGAGAUAAUAAUUUAGAAAAUAAUUUAUCAUUGACGAAAAUUUUAACCGAAAGUGAAAAAUCAGGAAUUGAAAAUGCAGCCUUUGAAUCAGAAAAGCUGUGAUUUUAUUCUGAUUUCAACUAUUUUUGUUUUACGUAACCGAUGACUAAAUGAACAAUAUAAACACACAAACACGCGGAAAACACUGUUUUUCGUAAUAAAAAUGAUCUGCUUGCAGAAAUGAAUAAAUGAAGGUCAUCAUCAAAUCCAAAUUCAAUUCAAGGGAAUUUUCGGAAAUUCCAAGAUUACAAAUCAUCAACAUUUAUCAUUAUAUCAUAUUUCUCUUACUUCUCGUAUUUAAGAUUUCUCGUGAUAGAACGCACAUUAUAUAUUAUACCUUGAUGAUAAAGCGAGCAGUGCAAAAAAACAAAAAAAUUAUACAAAACAUAUUCAAAUGCAGUUUUUUACUGCGAAAGAUUUAAAAAUAAAUUAAAAUAAAAUAAAGCGUAACAAUUUUUUUUAUACAAAAUAACUAAAUGAACGAAAAAAAUAAAACACGUUCUUAAAUAAGUUUCAUUGUUUUA